UUGUUUAGGCUCACAGAAAACCAGAGCCAACUCAUUGACGGCCCCCUAGAUUACAGCUCGUCUUCGAAGUGUACAUGGGUUAUUGAAAACGAAAAGAAGUCUGGAGCACCUUUGAAUAUCAAACUUGAGAACUUCCAAACUGAAUGUGGUUGGGACUUUGUGUACAUCUACGAUGGUGAUGGCGUAUACGGUGAACAACUUGCUGCUUUCUGUGGUGAACAGGAAGUGCAAGAAAUUAGCGCCCCUUCCGGUAAAGCACUAAUUUAUUUCUUCAGUGAUUUAGCUAUGAAUUUGAACGGGUUCAACAUUUCUUACGAGUUCAACAAGUAA